GUUGGUUUGCCAUCCGCCAUAACACGUUAUUAGAAGAAGAAGAAGAAGCUCAUUUCCAGCUAUUUCCUAGAAAUACCUGCGAUUCACUCGCGAUAUCUGUUCUCUAGCACAGAAUGGCAGUGGACUGGCUGGGCUUUGCCUAUGCUGCAGCUCUUGCUCUGGGCGGAUUCAUGGGCUAUAAAAGAAGAGGAAGUGUGGUGUCGUUAAUUGCCGGACUCUUCUUUGGAAGUGUGUCUGCAUAUGGAGCAUAUAAAAUAACAAAUGAUCCGCACGAUUACUGGACCUCUCUAACCGCUGCCGGUGUACUGACACUUGUGAUGGGAAUGAGGUUCAGGAAAUCUGGAAAAUUAAUGCCUGCAGGAAUCAUGGCAGGACUGAGCCUCCUGAUGGUUUUGCGGCUUUUGAUCUUCUAAGUGCUCGUGGACGGACCACACUGGGACCUUUCUCACGACAUCUGAUGUGUUCAUGUCACAGUAUUAUCACUUUGUAAUCAUCAAGUUGUAUCUUGAACAUUCCAAAUAAAUCUGUUGGUUUUAGA